AUGAGGAGAUCUUCUGUUUCGCUACCCACGUCCAAGCAAGUUGCCCACGACCCCUACGAAAAGCCCGACCGUUACUACAAUUCUGCCCGAGAAGGAGGCUAUUUCGCCAAGAUGAAGGAAUCCUGGCUGGCUCAGUCGCAAAAGUCAAAGUGGCUCAAGAUUGGCGGUGUCGCUUUUGCGGUCAUCUGCCUACUCUACUUCUUCACACCGUCCGGCUACGAAGUUUACAAUGGCGUCGGGGGCAACAGCGGUCAGUCCCCCGCUGACGACAGCUACGGAACACCGAAAUGCACCAAGUCUUACUCAAAGGACAAGUCGAUUGUGGAAUACGUCCUGAUGAUCGACGCGGGCAGCACCGGCUCGCGUAUUCACGUCUACAAGUUCAACAACUGUGGCCCUACACCAGAACUGGAGGGCGAGGAGUUCAUGAUGACGGAAAAGUCCGUGGGUGGACUGAGCAAAUACAAGGACGAUCCCGUGGCUGCUGCGAAAACCCUGGAUCCUUUGCUGCAGCGCGCUAUGGACACUGUGCCCGAGAAACUUAAGGGUUGCAGCCCGAUUGCCGUCAAGGCGACCGCUGGUCUGCGCAUGAUUGGCGAAGAAGCGGCCGAUGCCAUUCUGAAGCAGGUCCGCACGCACUUGGAACAGGACUACCCUUUCCCUGUCGUAUCACAGGAGCAUGACGGCGUUGCCAUCAUGCCCGGUUCGCAGGAGGGUGUGUACGCCUGGAUCACGACCAACUACUUGCUCAAAAAGAUUGGCGGCCCCGACAAGGGGGAGACGGCAGCUGUCUUUGACCUUGGCGGCGGCUCAACACAGAUUGUCUUCGAGCCCACCUUUAAGGGAGCUGCGGACGGAGGCAUGCCUGGAGAGCUCGCAGAGGGCGAUCAGAAGUACACUCUUGACUUUGGCGGUCGCCAUUUCGAUCUGUACCAGCACUCUCACCUGAAUUUUGGCCUGAUGGCCGCGCGAACCACCAUCCACGAAACACUGGUGAAGGACAUUGCCCUCGACAAAGGCACAGACGACGCCUGGAUGAGCAAGCCCAUCACGCAUCCUUGCUUCGCUGUGGGAAUGUCCAAGGAAAUUGAGGUCUCGUAUGAGAACAAGGACCAUAGCUUUAACUUCACCGGACCCUCGGAACCUGCACCUGCGCAGUGUCGUGCCCUCGCCGAGAAGAUCCUUAACAAGGGUGCCGCUUGCAAUAUCGCUCCUUGCUCUUUCAAUGGCAUCUACCAGCCUCCUCUGGCCAAGACAUUUGCCAACGAGGAUGUUUACAUCUUCUCCUACUUUUACGACCGCACCAAGCCCAUUGGUAUGCCUGACUCCUUCACUCUUCGUGAGAUGCACGACCUGGCCAACACCGUUUGCAAGGGCGCCGAGUCGUGGGACGUAUUCGGGAGCAUCCCUGGCGCUAUGGACGAGCUGAAGGAUCGCCCGGAGCACUGCCUCGAUCUGAACUUUAUGAUGGCCCUGCUGCAUACUGGGUACGAAAUGCCCAUUGAUCGCGAGGUAAAGAUUGCCAAGAAGAUCGAUGGCAACGAAUUGGGCUGGUGCCUUGGCGCCAGUCUUCCGCUCCUCGAGAGCAACUCUGGCUGGGAGUGCAAGUUGAAGAAGGUCCAAUGA